GUCUUCUGCCCGCAGCGAUGCUGUCCUUCCUUGUUUCCAACGACCGAUAUCAUACAUCAAUUGAUUUGAUAUAAUCGGAGUGCCAUUCAUUUGUCGUAACCAUCGCAUUCUGACCAUCUUCCCAUAAUGCCCAUUGCCAAGCUAGAGUCGGGCGUAGAGUUGUCCUACUCUGAUUCCGGAGUUCCUAAUAACUCGUCUUCAUACGACACGGUUAUAAUCUGCCAUGGAGUUGGAUUCAACAAAGAGGCCUUCUCUCCUCUGUUUCCUUACGCAGCUCAGAACAAUCUUCGAAUCAUUCCCUACAAUCAGCGAGGUUACGCUGAUUCGACUCCACUGACCCCAUCACAGCUUGAGAUGACAACCGAGGAUUCAAUUCCGCAAUCUGUUGACUUUGUUCGCGAUCUCAUCGGGUUUAUUAGCUACGUGAACACCACUCUUGUGGUGCCUUCUAAGCCAGUGAUUAUCGGAUGGUCGAAGGGUACUGCUCUGCUGAUAGGUCUCGCUUCACCGGGAUUUCUUCCUGCGGACGAACAGAAGGCUGCUCUCUCGACUUUUUCGAAAUUGGUUUUGUACGAGCCGCCUGGAAGUGUGUUCGGUCUGCCGUUGACGAAGGAUUAUACCGACGCCAUGUCGACCGUCAUAACCGGAAACGAUAAGAACUCGCUGAAUGAUAACUUUGGCAACUGGAUUUCUGGCUUUUACGAACCUGGGGAGACCAAACCAUAUGCGACCUCCCUCACCACUCUUCCUGCUGAGUAUCUUGCUUCGGCGAAUGAACCACACAUGGUCAAGCACGGAUUCUACUGGAAGCUGGCACUCUCAGCGGAUGACCAGUACGAAGUGACAAAAUCGGCUUUACUGAAUGACAAUGUGAAGAUCGGGGUCUGUAGAAAUGGAAAGACGGCUGGCUAUCUUGUCGCGGCUGCUGAUGCUGCCGCGGCUCUAGGCGCGACUACCAAAGUUUUGGACGAAGGAGGAAAUCAUUUUGCGUUUGCUCAUGAACCUGAGAAGUGGCUGGGGCAGAUCUGGAAAUUUGCGACUGAAUUAUAGGGUCGUCAAUGGUCUUUGUUGUAGUAGAUAGAGAAAUAGCAUUGAGUGAGUCGCAAU